AUGAUAACACUGUCCAUUUUAUUACCAACAAUCCUAGUGCUCUUUUCAGUAUUCUCAACCGCCCUGCUGAACACCACAGUCCCAUUAUCCCAAGAUGAAGAUUCCAAAUGGCUGGAGAUAUUCCAGAAAUCACAAAAAUUGUUCAAACAAGUUCCAGACUCUCAUUAUGCAUUCUAUGAUGAACAACUGAACGUUUUGGGUACAAGUUACUUCUCAAAAAAUGUUUAUUCAAGACAAAGUUAUGUUUCAAAUGGUUAUAUUGGUGCAAGACUUUCCACUUUAGGCCAAGGUUUUACCUAUGAUCAAAUGAAUAUUCAUGCCAAUUCUGAAGAUGAAGAAUUGUUAUUGAACGGUUGGCCUUUAUUCAAUAAACGUUAUACUGGUGCUUUUGUCUCUGGGUUUUAUGAUUUGGAACCUGAACUACCAGAAACCAACUUUCCUGAAUUAUAUGCAAAUGGUUCCGAUAGUGUCAUUACUUCAAUACCUUAUUGGGUAAAUCUUAAGUUGAUUGCUAAUCUUGAUGGUGAAGAAUAUAGAUUUGAUCCAGAAUUCACUUUACAAAGUGAAGUGUCAAAUUACAUCCAAAAUAUGUCUUUACAAAAUGGUAUUGUUUCCACGGAACUAACUUGGUUGGAUACUAUACAUGUUAAGAUCGAAGUUAUUGCACAUAAGCAAAUCGUCCCCUUGGCUAUGGUUAAAAUGGAACUAUCUGCAAUUGAUGAUGAUAUUGAUAUCACUUUGCAAGAUGUUUUGAACUUCACAACUUCACAACGGGGAACCCUCAAAGAUAUCGGAUCAGAUGACAAAGGCAUAUACAUUGAAGUUUCUCCAAAGAAUGUGGACUAUUCAUCAGCAGCUAUCUAUUCCAGAUUGGAUAUCAAUGAUACGAGUUACCAUGUUGAAAAUGGUACAAGUGCGAUUAAUGAAGCUGCUUUGCAUAUUUCAAAAACUCCAACUGUGAUUAAUAAAUAUGUUGGUAUCAUUUCUUCAGAAUUCAAACACGAUGAUGGUACUGAGUUAGAUAAUGCCAAAAGAGUUGUUGAUUUUGCUCAAGAUGUUGGUCGUGAACAAUUGUAUGAUUCACAUAACAAGGAAUGGAAUGAACAGUUCAAAGAGACAAAUAUUUUCAUCCCUUCUGAUGGAUUUUUAACUUUGGCAGCUAGAGCUAGUUUGUAUCAUUUAUUGGCAAAUACAAGAAUUGGAACAAAAGAUUUAACUUCAGCAUUAGGUACUACUGGUUUAUCCUCUGAUAGUUAUGGUGGAAUGGUGUUUUGGGAUACUGAUUUAUGGAUCAUACCUGCUAUUUUACCAUUUGCACCAAAAGUUGCCCAAUCAAUUAGUCAAUAUAGAAAUUAUACUCAUGGUCAGGCUAAGAAAAAUGCUCAGUUGUAUAAUUAUCAAGGUGCUGCAUAUCCUUGGACCUCUGGAAGAUUUGGAAACUGUACAUCGACAGGGCCAUGUGUUGAUUAUGAAUACCAUUUAAAUGUUGAUAUCGCUUUUAGUUCUUGGUUAAUCUAUUUGGCUGGAGCAGAUGAAGAAUAUCUCAGAUAUACUACAUGGCCAUUGUUGAAAGAUGCCUCUGAUUUCCUUUCACAGUAUGUUGUUUAUAAUACCACUUUAGGCCAGUUCGUGUCCCAUAAUUUGACAGAUCCUGAUGAAUAUGCAAAUCAUGUUGAUAAUGGUGCUUUCACAAACGCUGGUAUUGAUUCAUUAUUGAAAUGGACAUUGAUGGUUGCAACGCAUUUAGGUGAGGAAAUCAAUCCAAGAUGGGUUGAAGUUGAUAAUAAUAUCCAUAUGCCAAUGUCAGAGAGUGGCAUCACGCUAGAAUAUUCUGAAAUGAAUGCAUCAGUCUCGAUAAAGCAAGCUGAUGUGGUUUUAUUGACUUUUCCAUUGGACUUUAAUGAUUUUCAUAGCUAUGAACAAGGUGAAAGAGAUCUAUACUGGUACUCUUUGAAACAAGCAGAUGUUGGACCUGCUAUGACGUUCCCCAUUUUCACCAUAGCUGCAGCUAAAUUGUUAAACCAUGGUUGUUCUGUUCAUAGUUAUUUGCAAAAAUCAGUUUUACCAUAUAUAAGAGCACCAUUUGCACAAUUCAGUGAACAAGCUGAUGAUAAUGUUUUAACUAAUGGUGGUACACAUCCAGCAUUCCCAUUUUUAACUGCUCAUGGUGGUUAUUUACAAGCUCUAGUUUAUGGUAUUCAUGGGUUAAGAUUUUCUGCAAGAGUUAAUGCUGAGGGGAAGAUAGAGAAAUUUUUAGUCUUUGAUCCUAUUGCAAUUAGUGGUUUACCUGGAGGUAUGAAGAUCAGUGGGUUUAAGUAUUUAAAUCAACUUUUGGAUGUGAUUGUCACUGAUAUUGAAGGCAUAAUUGUUCAUAAAGGUGAGAAUCCUAUUAGUGUUGAAGUUCGUGCUAGAAAUUCUAAAGCUGGUAACUAUACUUUGAACCCUGGUGAGAAGUUAAUAGUACCACUGUUUGUUCCUUUGCUGAACAUUGAAGGUUCUCAUGUUGAAUGCAGACCUAUUGCAAAUUUAACUGUUGGAUCGCCAGGUGAUGUUCCAUUAUCUGCUAUUGAUGGUAAUAACUAUACUUAUUGGCAACCAUUAGAUAGAGGACCAGCAAAGUUGUUGAUCGAUCUUGGAAUGGCACAAAAAAUCACAAAAGGUUUAGUUAUAUGGGGUUCAAGACCUGCAAAGUUUUUGUCAGUUUAUGGUACAGAUGAGAUUUCCAUGAAUUUUGAACAAGCUUUACAAAACAUUGAUCGCAUUAGAUUUGACAAAUUAGUUGAUAACUUACAAAUAGAGAUAAGUCAACCGUUUGAAGAAAGAUUCUUGACAGAUGUUCAAUUGUUGCCAAAUAACAUUACUGAAUUUGAGAUCCCAUCACCUUCAAUCUUCACGAGGUUCGUUAUAGUGGAGAUUACAGAUGCAAUAGAUGAAUCGGAAGCUGAAGGUGCAACGCUAAAUGAGAUUGCACUUUUCUAGACAAUGAAUAAAUGAACAGUUUAUAUGUAUUUUUUCAAAGUUUUUGUAGUUGGCCAUGUUUCAUGCACUUUUAACGUCAAAAUAAGCACUGUUCCUGA